CGCACACACUGAACACACACGCACAACACAACACACACACAGGUAUUAAUACUGGGGGAGACAGAGACCGUUUUCCACUCACCUGCUGACCCACUGAUAGAAAGGCAGAAAAGGGAGAACUGAAAAGGAGUGGAAACAGUGGGAAAGAGGGGUUCUGAUAGAGAAAAAAGGCAUGGACAGGGAGGUGAAAAAGUUAAAAGAAGAGAUUGAGAGAGAGAGAGAGAAGGGUGUGGCGGCUAUGGUAGCUUGUUACCAAGGCUUUGACCCGGCAGCCUAUCUACAGUAUAACUACAUGCCACCGCGGGCGGACUUUGACCGGCAAGACAGCAUCGUACCCUGGAAACUAGGAUGUCUGCACAGAGCUUUUACCGAGGGUGACGUGGGAGGUGAGGUGUUGGUGGAUGUGGGCUCAGGGCCCACUCUAUACCAGGUGUUGAGCGCUUGCGAGGUGUUCGACACGGUGUUCCUCACAGACUUCCUGGAGGUGAACAGGCAGGAGCUGAGGCGUUGGCUGCAGGGCGAGGGCAAGGGCUACAGCAGCCUGGACUGGACGCCCUACCUGCAGCAUGUCUGCAAGCUGGAAGGCCGAAGCCCUUCAGCAUGGACCGAGAAAGCUGCACGCCUGCGUUCGGUUGUCUCCGACAUUCUCCCCAUCGACGUGCACCUCCCCCGCCCCCUCCCCCUUGACUCCCAGCUCCCCACAGCCGGCGCCGACUGCCUGGUGUCCUGCUUCUGCCUAGAAAGCGUCAGCCCCGACCUUGCCUCCUUCACCCGGGCCCUGGGUCACAUCAGGGGCCUCCUCCGGCCCGGGGGCCACCUGCUCCUGAUUGGGGCCCUGGGUGAGAGCUACUACAUGGGGGGGCCAGGUGUGCGCAUCCCUGUGGUGCCCCUGGAUGAGGCCCAGGUGUGUGCCAGCGUGAGGGCCAGUGGGUACACGUUGGUGAGGCUGGAGGUGUACACGCUGCCCCAGGGCAUGAAGGUGGGGGUGGACGACGUGACGGGCGUGUUCUUUGUGAAGGCCAGGAAGCCAUAGAGGAGAAGGAGGAGG